AUGGAUCACAGGGAAGCCUUCUGUGAAGGGGAUCUAGUCCUGGUCCGUGAUUUGCGGAGAGAAAAGGUCAGCAAAGACAAGAUGAUGCCGAAAUGGUUUGGGCCUAGGAAGCUCAUCAGAAUCAACCCUAGACGGUCCACGGCAAUGAUAAGCCGACUAUAUGGCGGGAAGACAACCAAGUACCAUUUGGACGACCUUCGGCCAUUCCAUCAGCGCGACUUGGAAGAGUUCCAUUUUCGGAACGGGGAGGAGAUCCAACAAGAGCCGCCGCCUCCAUUGCACAUCGAGAGAUCGGCAGUGACAAUGGCAUUGCUAAUCAGGCAAAGGUCCAUCGAUCUUCGAUGGGCUUGA